AUGAGUUUCACAUACUUUAUAAACUCAGAAGUACCCCAAAACACCACUUACCUCAACAACGCAUCAGUGUCUUCAAAUACACCUACACAGGGUAUCCACGACUGGUUCUGGGUCAUCAGCGAAAUCCUCGGUGUGCUCAUCACCCUUGGCAACGGCUUAGUAAUCUAUUUGGUCACGUGUCGAUCCAGACUGAGGAAUUGCACAGGAAACUGGUUUAUAUUAUCACUCUCCAUAGCUGAUUUUAGCGUGGGUUUUCUUCUCAUUCCCUCGCACGUGGUGUGUUCACUUUUGUUACUUCAUUGUUCAUGGCACAUCCAAGUGCUGUUCUACGAGUUUCUACUGUUCGUUUCUGUGGGUUGCCUGUGUGCACUCACACUCGACAGGUACAUUGCCAUAACGCAGCCAUUGCGGUAUCGGCUGAUAAUGACGCGCACACGUUCUCUAGUUGCCAUAGCAACCUCAUGGGGGGUGCCUGGAUUGCUGACCCUCUCCCCAGUCUUCUGGCGCUUCCGUGAAUCGCAAAUGACCAAGAACAGCUGUGAGCGAGUGUACCGAGCGAUUGUCAUAUUCGCUUUUGUCCUGGUUCCAGCUUGUGGCUUGUGCCUUACUUACCUCAAGAUCUUAUCCGUCGUACGGCGGCAUUCUAGAAGCACCGAGUCUAUUCGGCGACAAAUUGAGUUUAAUUAUAGAGAAAUGGUACAACUAGAGAAUCUGCAGGGAAAUGUGGCAGCAAGUGAAAUAGUAUCCUACAAGCGAUACUCCUCGGAGACUGGUCGGCACACUUUUGUGGGGCAUCGGGUAGAAUCAAAGAUUGGUUUAGAGGUAUCAAUGAAUCGGCUCGAGAAUUCGAAUGUUAACCAGGGGGAUAAUCGGGGCGUCCUGGAGACUACUCAUCAUACUUCAUUUUGCCCAGCUGAAUCGGAGACUUAUCGGGAAGCAUCGGUAAGUUGUCGGGGAAAUUGGACUAAUCGUAAGAAUGAUAUGAGGGACUCGGCCGAGACUUCGAGCAGUCAUCCUCGUUUUGAGAACUCGGCUAAUGCUCGGGGUGACCCAGAGUCGUUCGCUCGUGGAAAGACUCUGGUAAGUUCUCGGCAGAACUCGGUGAAUCGUCGUAGCAUCCGAUCUUCAGUUCGUGUUCUCGGGGCCAUGAUACUGCUCUUCGUGUUUUGCUGGGUUUUGUCUGCGAUAAGAUCCUUGUGUUACUACUUUGGGUUGUGUGACCUGGAGAAAGUAGCGGAAAACGUGUCACGCUUACUACUUUUUUUAAACAGUGCAGCCAAUCCGAUUGUUUACUCGUUACUAAAAGAAGACAUUCGUCACGAACUGCUGAAGUUGCUGCGUUGUCAACGUCACGUGACUUAGCAUGAGCUCAUGGUGCAAAAUAGACAAAGCAGGUGCAACUUGUCAGGAAAAUAAACAUUUUUUUUUAUCCCAAGCAAAAUUGGGAAGGUAGAAUAAAUCAAAUUAGUAUGCGUAUUAUCAAGAGUGUGUAUUUUACGCUAGAUUUGAGUUACGAAAAGUGAUAAACUCUACGGUACACUGUUACAGAAUACAAAGACUUCCGAUGUGCGUGAAAUACAAAAUUAGUGAAAAACCGAGAAAGGGACGUAAAUAACUACGGUAAAGCCCUUGGUAGUCAAGAUAUAGGAAAACAUUCACCGAUAAAAAUAAAAGAGACACGAAAUUAAUCAAAUAUCGCAAGAAAAUUUGGUAGAUUUGCGAAGAAACUGGUUCAAGAAAUACCUGAGACCCGUUAGCGUUAUAAGACAAAACCGCAUUUUGUUCGGCAAAUAACGACAGUUCUAAGACUGACUGCUGCUUAUUGGUAUAAAUAAUUUGUAAGGAUAAAAAUGAUGAGUAGACUAAUCGAAUUAUUUAUUCAUAUUUUCCUACAAUCAAUAGAAGUUGAAGAGACUAUGUUAUUUUUUUUAUUGGUAGAAUUGCCAUUUAGCGUUUUCGCUAUUUGCACUGAAAAACGUAUUUGAAGGAGUAUGUCGAACAUUAUGUGACUGACAGUCACAAAUGAAGACAGUAUUGUUUCAGAAGGACAAGAUAUUGACACGAUGGAUAAAUGAACAAAAGAGAAAGAAAAUUGUAAGCAACAGAUUAGAAUAAGAACAUGUGUCGGAAAAGUGUUCGUUUAUUUCUAUUUUCACCGCUCUGCGCCUCCGACUGGAAAAAUUAACUCGAGAAGGGAGAGUUUUAAAAUACAGCUAUAAAAAAAAGUCGAAAUAUGAUGUAAUAAUAAGAAAGAGUGACGUAUUGCAGCUGGUUCCUUUUCAUUAAUUCAAGGAAAAAAUCUUCUCUCUUAAAAAUUCCCACUUUCUUGUUUAUGCGCGAAUUUUAACUUACUCCGCCCAAGCUUUCAAACGUCAACUUGAGUAUAUUUACUCUCUUUACACGAUCUUUCCUGUUUCAAGUUAGGAUUUUCUAGAUAACUAACUGUGAGUGGACUUAAUUAAGCCGAAACCAACUUGAAGGCUACUGUCCUUUAAUAUAUCAUACGCAAUGCAGGUAGCCUAGGGCCUAGACUAAACAAGAGACUUCGCUAAGAUUAUCAAACAUGAUGAUUUUAAUAUACACGGAAAUCAUACAACUGAUUGAAAAUAUUUUUUCACAUUAGGUAAAAUAGUGACUAGUUGAUUGUUAAUAUAAUUUGAGCUUCAGUUUUUGUAGAACGAAUAUAUUGGUUUAGCUUCCCGUUUAGUUAAAUUUGUUAUCGUUGCUCCGCUUGCAGCCAGAGUGCGCUUUUGUUAUUUAUUGAUUACGAAAAUUCAUUUAAAGAUCUUGCUUACAUAUCAUAACCUUCCCUUGACUUUUGGACUUUUAAUUCACUUGUUUGUAAAUUCAAAGCAUAUUAAUAAAGUUGUUUAAAUUGGU